AUGAAUUACUACAAAUAUAGUCCAUUAAGUCGUCAAUCGUAUAUUAAUGUUAUAAAUGGAAGUGAUGCACCCUCAUACAAUCCACUUUGCAAUCUUUGUGAAUUAUUACACAAACAACAUCGAAAACACAAAAAGUAUAUGAUCAGUAAUAUAUGGAAUUAUUGGAAGGGUCCAGAUGUUUGUAUUGAUAAUUGGGCAGAUAUCUGGUUAAAAGGGAAGCACAUAAAGGCUUAUGAGAAAGUAAAAUGGAAAUAA